GUUGCGGCGUCUCGUGCUGGUCUCGAUCGAUCAUCGGACGCUUCAAUAGCUCUCCGAGUCGUUGCUCGAUCCCCACGGUCUGCUCACCUGGUUCCAACAACGAGCCAGGGGACCGAGCAGAGCGCAGCUGUCGACCUGGCCACCAAUCUGCCCGACCGAUCCUUCACCUCCGACGACCCUGAUCCUCCUUUGCCCAGCAACCCCACGCCUGCAUCCGCCGGCCCUCCUGAUCCAUCCCCAUCCGUUUCUGAAGUCACCUCCGCACCCGCCGUCGGCCCUGCCACCCACCCUGCAAACCUACGGCGCCCGCGGUCUCCGUCAUCUAGCCCCCAAAGCUCUGAGUCAACGUCCUUCACGGCAACGGCGUCGGACUCCAGACCCGCUGGGGCAGCGACGGCUCAGGACGACGCAAGAUACCCACCCGGCCGGGAUCCAGGCCGCUCUCCAUCCCGCAAACGCAGGCGUCUGGUAACCAUGCGUUCUGCCGACACCCUCUCGUCCACAAACGGCUUUUCCCAGGCGGCGAAUGGGCCCACGCACUCGAGAAAGUCCAGCCUGAACGGCCAGUCCUCCCGCCCCGGGACCGCCAACGGGGACUCAUAUAUGAAGCCCGCGCGGACACGAGAUGAUUCCUACUACGGUCAUGACCGGGAGGAGGUCACGCGCAUCUUGAUUCAGAGCCUCUACGAGCUAGGUUAUCACGACGCGGCCUCUACGUUGACUGCCGAGAGUGGCCAUAAACUGGAGACCCACGGUGUCGCCAACUUCCGGAACGCCGUGCUGGAUGGUCGGUGGUCGGAAGCCGAAAAGAUCCUCAUUCAAUCAUUCCACAACGAGUACCCCGCGUAUGCUAAACCAUGGGAAACGUGGGAGGAGCAUCCUCUUUUGCUCACAGAAACAGCCGAGCGGAAUGAAAUGCUCUUCCUCCUGCGCCAGCAGAAAUUCCUCGAGCUCCUGGAAUCCCACGAUCUCGCAUCGGCGCUCGUAGUCCUCAGACAGGAGCUGACCCCUUUGAACUAUGAUAUCGAUCGUCUGCAUGCCCUUUCAAGGUUCGUUGUUCUACGUGUGCCGAAGCCAUCUCCCGGAAUACCAAUUCCACUAACGCCUCGCCCCCAAAGUCUUCUUAUGUGCCCUUCCGAGCUACUGAAUACAACUGCUGCGCAGGGCUCCAUCACUACAGGCAGAGAGGCACUUCUCGCCGAACUUUCCAGUAAGAAUCCAUCGCUGCCACUACUCAGUUCGAACUCUGCUGACCUCGUCGAAGAAUCUAUCUCCCCUUCCGUCAUGAUACCCCAACACCGACUAGCAACUCUCUUAGACUUCGUGAAGAAAACGCAAAUCAGUAACUGCUCAUAUCACAACACUGUCGAGUCACCCUCGCUCUACUCGGACCAUUUGUGUGACAAGAACGAUUUCCCCCGAACCGCUGCUCUUGAUCUGACGCGGCACUGCGAUGAAGUGUGGUGCUGCGAAUUCUCACAUGAUGGCACGAAGCUAGCUACUGCAGGCAAGGAUCGUGUGGUGUUCAUCUACGAUACAACCAACUUCUCGGUCAAGACCAAGCUGGCGGAAAAUCACAUUGAUGGAGUUGCUUGCGUGAGCUGGAGCCCGGAUGACACAAAGCUCAUUACCUGCUCUCACGAUAAGCAAGCUCGUGUCUGGAACGUCGAGAAUGGCCGUUGCCUUCUCACGAUUGAUCACCACAGCGAGCCUGUUACCGCCGCUGGAUGGGCCCCGGACGGCGAAUCGUUCGUGACCGGCUCUCUCGACGUAAAUUCGCAGCUCUGCCAUUGGAGCAUCCGCGGUCCGUCAUUGUUCAGGUGGAAAGGCACAUUCCGUGUUCAGGAUUGCACGAUAAGUCCCGACGGGAAGUGGCUGGUCGCAGCCGAUACCGAGCACAAGGUUCAUAUUUACAACUUCGUUACCUACCAGGAAGUUGCUUGUCUUUCGCUCUCCAGCAAGGGAACGUCUGUGUCUAUCAGCAAAGACUCCAAAUAUCUGCUUUUGAACCUUGCGGAAGGCGAGAUCCAGUUGAUUGAUCUCAAUUCGCGUCAAGUGGUGCAAAGAUACACGGGCUACCAGCAAGGCGUAUAUGUGAUCCGCAGUUCAUUCGGCGGUGCGGGGGAAAACUUUGUCGUGAGUGGCAGCGAAGACUCGAAGAUCUACAUCUGGAACAAGACAGACGGCCAACUCGUCGAGGCUUUGGACGGGCAUGCCAAGGGAUGUGUCAAUGCUAUCUCCUGGAACCCCACGAACCCAAGGAUGUUUGCCUCGGCAGGUGAUGAUUGCGUUGUACGAAUCUGGUCACCAGAAAACGACCGCCCUCUCCUCACGCGAGGUUCCGCUCAAGCUCAACGAACAGGACAAUCAUCGAAUGGAUUCCGUACCAGCGCUCUGAGAACGACAAGUACACUCUAG